AUGUCGCUUUUACGCCAAUCCGCUCUCGCUUUGCUUGCGAGGCCGUCGCUGUGCCCCCACAGGUCAAUUGCCCCGUUAUGCAGGGUCCCCCGCCGAUUAUUUUCGCUGGAAGCCACCCCGGAUGUUCCACGCCCUCCCCUCAAGAUUCUCUUCUGCGGCUCCGAUCACUUCAGCGCAACCUCUCUCAAGGCCCUCUAUGCGUUACAUGAAAGGCGGCGAGACAUCAUUGCUUCAAUUGAUGUUCUCUGCAGGGAGGAUAAACUAUCUGGCCGUGGACGGAGAACGUUGAAAGAGGCCCCCAUCAAAGAAGUGGCAAGUUCGCUCAGACUCCGCAUCCAUGAAGUCGACAGGUUUAAGGACUGGGAGCUCCCAGAAGCUUCCUCCAGUGGAGAUAUAAACCUGCUAGUCGCCGCCUCCUUCGGCCUCCUGAUACCCGAACGCAUCAUCAAAGCAGUCAAAUAUGGCGGCGUAAACGUCCACCCAUCUCUGCUACCAAUGUACCGUGGAGCAGCCCCAAUAUACCACACUCUCCUCAACGCCACGCCCAUAACCGGCGUCACCGUCCAGACCCUCCACCCCAAAAAGAUCGAUGCGGGCGAAAUCCUCAUACAGACGGACCCCCCACUUAGUGUUCCCCCAAGGACCAGCUACCAGGACCUCCACGACGCACUCGCAGUCCACGGCGCAGAAUUACUGGUGGAGACAUGUGUCAAGGGUCUUUUUAUCCCGCCCAUCAAGCCCAUCACCAACGAUUACAAGCCCAGCUUCGCGCCAAAAGUCAAUCCGGAGGCCGACUCAAGGGUCAAGUUCUCCGCAGCUAGCGCGGAGGAGGUUGAGAGGAAGGCGGGGGCACUGAAGAGUUUGUGGUGCAAGUUUGGGUCGCCAGAGGAGCCACAGAUGUUGAGGAGGAAAAGGGCGAUAUUGUCAGAUAUCCACAGGUUGGAUGUGCCGGAGGAGAAUAUCGAUGGUGUCGAGGUUCCACCGGGAACAUUUCAGUAUCUCAGAAUGGAAGGUGAAGGCGAGGAUGAUGAUAGGCAUGGAGAAGAGCUAUUGGCGAUAAAGUGCAAGGUCGGAGGUGGGUGGGUCAGGGUCGGGGGCAUCAAGCUCGAAGGGAAAAAAUUGGUUGAUGGGGGUGAAUGGGCGAGGAGUAUGAAGGACCCGAAGAAGAACGGGCUUCAAAUGUUUCUUUAA